AUGGUUCUGGAUCCUGGUAAACUAACUGCCCAUGUCCCAAGCAGCAGAGCCAUGGCUCACAGAACCCCCCCCUCUCAGGGCAAGGUGACCAUCACUGUUGACGAGUAUAGCUCCAACCCCACACAGGCCUUCACCCACUACAACAUCAACCAGAGCCGCUUCCAACCACCCCAUGUCCACAUGUGAGUAUCUAUCUAUCCACAGACCUGCACUGUAUCUAUAUCCCGUUCAUCUGAAGGACCAUUACAGUGCACAGAGGAUUGAUUGAUUGAUGAAUGGGUUCAAACAAAAUGGUAAAUAUAUGGACAUCUGGCCUCAUAACAUCCACCACCAUACCUUCUGUGUGCUCUAUUCUCACCACACAAUAGCUUGUCUUGAAUAGAUGGUGUAUGACUUAAACAUGUUUGGUUAUCCUCAGUGCCCCGUCAAAUAACCAACAGUGUGUGAGGUUAAAGUGUGUGAAGCAGAGGCCACCUUUCAUGUUAUGAACUUAACGGAGGUCAGAGGUGAGGUGGGUUUAUAAGCUAUUUAACAAUGCUCCUUUGACCUCCGGGUCACAGCUCAAUUCUAAGUAACUUCCCUAUUGACUUCUAAUCAUUAGGAUGUAAUGAGUGUUGCUGUGGAUGGGAUGGGUGGGCCUUGGGUGGUCAGAGGGGGAGGCAGGUGGCUGACUGACUGACACACAAAACUAGCUUUUCCAGCAGAGACAAAACAAAGGUGUAAGGCAGAUGUCGUCUUUAUAGAAGUCAGGAUUUCUGUUAACCAGUGUUUUUCACAUAGUCCACGAUUAACCGUUUUUUAAAUAGUGGUCUUUAAAUCACAUCUGCGCUCUCUUUGUCUGUUUGUCUUAGACCAUGGACAGAUGUCUCAGUAGAACAGCAAGGUGGACCUUGUUGUAUCAGUUUAAUUGUUUAUUGAAGCUAUCUGCCACUGCUAUAGUAAUCAAAUUGGAUGGAGAAUUUUAGAACAGGACAGUGUAGAGUGUAAUUAACAGAAGAAACCGAAGUCAACAGUGAUAGAGAUAUAGGUACGGUAAUUCAUUAAUAUCUGAUGGACACAUGGCAGGAGUAGGGAAUAAUGAAUAACCUCCUGGAUUUUGUGAUGAUUUGCAUUAAAUCACCUUAGGCGACUCACUCAAACUGGCAGCCUAAUCUAUAAUUUGCCAGCAUGAUUCCAUGCAUCGCAGCUGGGCAGCUGGCCUGCCCUGGCAGCCAAAAAUCCCACGUGAGCUCACAAUCACAGCCUGGCUCCCUCAGUCUGGCAACUCCUCCAAGGGCUCCCAACGAUGAGGCAACUGUGAGACUGUAUGAGGGACCUGCACUAGCUUAAAGGUUGGAUGGCCAAUUCCAGUUUGGUCUUCCAUAGACAUCUUUAGAGAAGGCUGUUUUGUUUGUUAUAUUAUGUUCUAUUGGAGGUUGCUACACGUGACUCAUUGACAACCUAGGUUACAUUUUCAAAUGGAGGGCUGCUUUAAUAAUUUGACACAAACUCAUACUUUGAUUCUGCUGUCCGUCUUCGAUGACAGGGUGGAACCCAUUCCCUAUGACGCCCCUAAACCCUCCGGUCACACACGUUUCGUCUGCAUGUCGGACACACACUCCAGGACCGAUGGGAUCCAGAUGCCAUACGGGGAUGUCCUGCUCCAUACUGGGGACUUCACUGAACUUGGCCUACCCUCUGAGGUCAAGAAAUUCAACGACUGGCUAGGUAAAGAGAAUAACACACACUGCCGUUUUUUGCUCUCAACCCUCAGCAUCAGGGCCGUUCUACCGCCCUAGGCCAGACCAAAAAUCAUGUUGAAAAGACGUGUAAAAUACAUAUUUUCCAGACGUUAUAUUUAAGUUCUGAAUGAAAGGUUAAAAGAUGUAUUUUCCGUACGUUUAAAAUACAUAUUUUCCAGGACGUUGAAAGGGGUCUUUUCCGGACAUUGAAAAAUACGUAUUUUCCGGAUGUUGAAAUCCGGUUCAUUUUCGGUUCUGAAUUAAAGUUGAAAAUAUGUAAUUUAUAGAUGUCUAUGUUUGGGCCAAAUCAAGGCUGGUCCAGACCGGACAAAAUCUGAACCAAACAUAGACGUCUAUGAUUGGUUCAGAUUUGGUCCGGACCAAAAAUCAAUGUCCAUGGACGUUGAAAUUAAGACGGGUAUAGACCGCACCAAAUCUGAACCAAAAAAAGACGUCCAAAUAGCAUCAGUGUCAGUCCGUGCUUACUGAGGUGUAGCCUACAGUGUUGCCUGAAAUUUAAUUGUAUGAAUGCCCAUCUAUGUGUUAAGCCUACCGUUUGUAUAACACCCUAAAAAAGAUGUCCGGACAGGACCAAAAAAAGACAUCCAAAAGACGUUGGCUCGUGCUUACUGGGGUGUACCCUACCAUGUCAGCUGCAAUGGUAGGCCCACCAGGCUGUUGCAUUGGCUUUAUUAGUCCUGGUUCCUGUGACUAAUCAAUUUGACUACUUAAGCUCUGAAUAUCAGCUACCCAACUUUAUCAGGAGUUAUUGUGAGCCUGUUUGCGAUAUGUUUACAUAGCGGCAAAUGCAGAAGUAUUUUCAUUAUCUUUAUGAUCAGCUUGUCAAAAAAUUUACGGAUACAAACUUGAAGUCACUGAUCAUGACAAUGGGGUGAAACUCCUGGACAACAGUUGUGAUUGUCCAUUCCAUAUUAUCCAUUUGACUUUGACCUGUCCUGUUUUUAGGAUAUGUUGUUUGUUAACAUGACAGCACAUUAUUUAUUUGAUUGGGCGCCAUUUAGAUUAGGCUAUUUGAUUGGAGAAACCUGCAUGAUGUAAAAAGUGUCUGUUUCAUUACAUUGUCAUACAUUUUAUCUCCAGCCUGUAGGCUACAGAAUAGUUCACAUACUCUUUCUACCAUAUCCUAUAUCUAUGCAUAGUCACUUUACCCCAACCUACAUGUACAAACUACCUCGACUAACCUGUACCCCUGCACAAUGACUCGGUACCCCAUGUAUAUAGCCUCGUUAUUGUUCAGUAAUUUUUUACUUUAGUCUAUUUAGUAAAUAUUUUCAAACUCUAUUUCUUGAACUGCAUUGUUGGUUAAGGGCUUGUAAGUAAGCAUUUCACGGUAAGGUCUACACUUGUUGUAUUCGGCGCAUGUGACACAUUUGAUUUUAUAUCUGCUACAUGAUUUAUGUUAGAUCAUUUUUUUGACGGAAUGUGGGGGAGCGCCGCAGCGAUGCGUCUCUCCGACACCACCCUGGAGAGGCGUGUGAGAAUGGACAAGCAAAAUAUUUUGCGCCCCUGCCUUUGACAAAGUAGGCACUGUUUAUCACAGGGCUGCAUCAGUGCUCACCUUAAAAUCCCAUUUUGCCACUGGUUGAGAUACAUUGUCAUUGUUUUUGGGCAGAAUGAUGUGAGGUUUUAUGUGUUGUUGUUGGCAGUCUUGGUCAGUUUAGCUCAGAAAAUGUCUCUCGCCAAUCUGCCGCCAGAGGCCUAAUCCUGCCUAAUGAGCGUGCCGGCCGUGCUCAGCAUACUGUACAGUAACCUCUAUCUUGGCUAAAAAGCUUUUUUGCUGUAAGUUACUAUACCAACAGUGUUUGGUGUAAUUUGGACUUCCUUAUUUAAGCAAAAACUAUUCUCCUCAUAAAAAUGUCUGCUUUGACAUUAUUUAAUAUUUACUACUGUUAAUUAAUCAUUUGAGAUUAAGAACCCACGGAAAGGAAGAAGUAACUUUUCUUGAAGGCCACACAUUAAAACACUGCCAUCCUCCUUAGUUUCAAAUAGAUUUUAGCCUACAGCCGAGAGAAAAUGGAGUUGAGCUUUCAAUUUGAGCCCUAUACAGAACUGCUGCGGUAAUAGAAGAGGUAACCAGGACAAAGGACCUCUCUCUCCAAGAAAGUAAAAAGGUCAAAUGAAAAAUUGAAAAAUUCCCCUUUGUUGACUGAGAUGUGCGUUGGCAGGGUAACUAAGGUCUUCAUCUGCAGUUAUUGCUCUUUUGUAAGAGGGGAGAACAGUUCACAGUGGUCUGAGGAGGUCAAGAAGCCUUCAUCUUUUCAUUUGUGGCGCUUUACUUUCAUGGACCAUUCCCUUAACCUCUCAAAGACAACUUUCUAUUCCAGUGAAUGAAUAUUGAUUCACCAACUGGGGUAGUGGUAUCCCCAGAAACCCUGCUACUGGCCAAAGCUAUGUAGUGUUAAUAUUGUCUACAUGUUACUUGCCUUACGUUGAACAACAGUAACAGAAAGCUAUCUAUCCCAUCCAUAUUCAACAUUUCUUCCCUGCUGUCUCUCCUGCAGGGAGUCUACCUUAUGAAUUCAAGGUGGUGAUUGCAGGAAACCAUGAACUGACGUUUGACAAGGACUUCAUGGCUGAGUUGGUCAAGCAGGAUUACUAUCGCUUUCCCUCCGUCUCCAAGCUGAGAACUGAGGACUUUGAUGAUGUUCAGGCCCUCCUCUCAAACUGUACUUACCUGCAGGACUCUGAGGUCACAGUCAAGGGAUUCCGCAUAUACGGGGCACCAUGGUAA